AUGCCAAACACACUACUCCAAAAUCAAAGGGUAUCAUAUCUUUAUUCCAGGACUAGGCAGACUGUAGAUGCAUGAAAGAACAUCAAAUGUUUCCAUCAGUAUGGGAAGAGUUUUGGAUACAUUUAGACUCGAGGGAUUGCCGCUGACGUUUUUAUUCGUUUUCCCCAAAGCACUGCCAGAAUCUUCUGACAAACAAUUAGCAGAUCCCACAUGCGAUCUCAUUUUGUUCUCCUGAGGGACGAACUCAUUGUUUUUGUCGGACGGUCUGACGCUGAUCUCGAGCCACACAGCAGCAGCGACUGGUUGCGUCUGUUUCGGGAGGCUCACGCGACGCGUUAUUGAUCAGGAGCCGCUUGAUUUAUCCGGUAAUGCAAGCAGUGCGGAUGGUGAUGGAGGCGCGCGCUGCUGUCCUCUGCGUGAUCGAUCAUGUAGCUUCAUAUCAGGUUGCAGACCGGACUUCAUCGAGCAGCUCUAGUGACUGAAGCAUCGCUAAACCGAGAGAUUUCCGAGCGGGGGACUGAACGGAAAGCAGCUACCACAGAAUUAUUUACCGCAAAGACACCGCAAGUACUCCGCACAAACCAUGUCAGUGUGCACAACAUGCAGCGGGACGCGAGCGUCGGCAGGCCGCUGAGCGUCACAAGCGGGAGCCGGACAGGAGAACUGUGGAGGGCUUUUCUGACCACGGUAAUAUCAGAGUUCACCUACGAGGCACCAUGUUGUCCAUCUUAGCAGCGGGGUCUGUGUUUUUCCCAGGCCUUUUCCUCUUGUCUAAGCAUUGUCUCAAAUCUAUCCCGGGACUGCGGUGGAAUGAGGGCGAUGCUGUCAUUGUUUCAGCCAGGUUGGUGUCGUCCAUCCAAGCUAUUAUGGCUUCUACGGCUGGUUACAUCAUCUCCACAUCCUGUCAGGACAUCAUUGAGGACCAGCAUUGGCUGACCAGCUCCUACAUCCUGUUCGCUGUGCCGUACUUUGUGUAUGACAUCUACGCCAUGUUCCUGUGUUACUGGUACAAGCUCCAGGUCAAAGGUCACGAGGUGGACAACGGCUCCAAAUCCAAGGCUUUGGCGUUGAGAGGCUACCUGCGGCGAGAGUUCCUCAUGAUCCUGCAUCACGUGGUCAUGGUCACCGUCUGCUUCCCCAUCUCUGUGUUUUGGAGGCAGGGAAAGGGUGAUUACUUCCAGGGUGUCAUGUUCCUGGCUGAGCUCAGCACACCGUCCGUCUGUCUGGGCAAAAUCCUCAUCCAGUACAAGCAGCAGCACACGCUUCUUCACAAAGUGAAUGGAGCUGUAAUGCUGAUCACUUUCUUCCUUUGUCGAGUCCUUCUCUUCCCUUAUCUCUACUACGUUUACGGAAGGUACGCCUCUAUCCCCUUCUACCGGGUUCCUCUCACGGUGCCCUGGCAGUGUAAUCUGGGAGCGGCUCUGCUCAUGGCCCCGCAGCUCUACUGGUUCUCCCUGAUCUGCAGGGGGGCCUUUCGCCUGUUCACCGGCAGCUCCUCGCGCUCCCGCAAACCCACGGCUCCGCUCAAGCCAGAUUACGAAGGACACGAGCCGCUGCCUCAGUCUGCUAACGGAUACAGUUCACGGAUGAUGGGUCGGGACAAGCCCACAAUGUCGCACUGAGGGGAGGAGACUAUGCUAAUGAGACUAAGCAAAGAAUAAAGAGGAUUGGAUGAAUGCAGAGCAGAAGGGCAGGCUGCCAAGGAAGUACACAGAGUGAUUAAAGAAGUACUGAAAUGGACUAGACGCCCUGUAACACAUUACAGCACAGCAUUAUGUUUAGUUACAGGGCCUGUGUACUGUAAAUAAGACAUGCUUUAGUAGAUCAAGGGAAGCAAAAAUGCCGGAAAAAUCAGUGGAAGUGUCCACACAGCGGCCAGAUGUGUGUCACAUCACACCUGAGGCAAUAAGUGCAUAUUUUAUGUGAGAAAAUUUCUGAACCAAGACAAGCACUUUUUGUUUGAGGCACUUUUGAAGGGUCACCGAAUGUCAGACUGGGGCUGAGGUCUCGUGCCUGAGGUCUGUUCUUUGCAUAUAUUUCUGUAGUGUUGCAGAUGCAUUGUUCAUAGAAAUGUCCUCGAUUAUUAUAUUUAGACUGGUCUACAAAGAGCAACCCGAGGCGUCCCAAGCGCAUUAUCAAGCUUGACUAGGUCUAUAGAUUUCAGCUGAAAUGCCUCUCGUUGGGUUUAAAGGGACAGUUCACCCAAAAUGAAAAUGUACCCACUCCUCUUUAGAUGCUGUAUUAUUUUAUUUGUGAAACACAGAUUUGAGAUGUUUGGCAGAAUGUCUGAGCUGCUCUUUUUGUUCCAACAUGUAAAAAAAAAAACCUCCAUAAAA